AUGGCGCCCGCAACCAAGUUCAAUGUCGGCAUCGUCGGCUACGGCCUCUCGGCCAAGGUCUUCCAGAUUCCGUUCGUCGCCCUGACCGACUCUCUUGUCCUCCAUUCCAUUGUGCAACGGUCUCCCUCGACUGGAAACUCCGCCCCCGAUGAUCAUCCCUCCGUGAAGCACUUCACAUCCAUUGGGCCCAUGCUCGCGGACCCAGAGGUCGAUGUCAUUAUCAUCAGCACGCCUCCCAACACGCAUUUCGAGACUGCACGCGACGCUCUGCGCAAUGGCAAGCACGUGCUGGUUGAAAAGCCUUUCGUGCCCACGUCUGCUCAGGCUGAGGAGCUUGCCGCGUUGGCCACGGAGAAGAAGAGCGUUCUCUGUGUGUACCAGAACCGCAGAUGGGACUCGGACUUCCUGACCGUCCAGAAGCUCCUGCGGGAGGGCACUCUCGGUCGCAUCGUCGAGUUUGAGACGCACUUUGACCGCUUCCGGCUGGAGAAGCCGACCACGUGGAAGGGUCAGCUAGGCAUGGACCAGGCAGGUGGCGUCCUCUACGACCUGGGCACCCAUCUGCUGGAUCAAGUUUACGUCCUUUUCGGCAUGCCGAGUUCCGUCUCGGCCAAGUUCUUGAACCAGCGCGAGGGCAGGAUUGUCACUGGCGGCAGCGAUGAGUCAGAGCAGCCGGACAGCAUCUCGGCUGUCUUGACGUAUGCCGACACCGGCUUACUCGUGCAUGUCCGCAUCAGCGUGGUCAGUGUCGAGACUAAGCAGCCGCGUUUCCGCAUCCGCGGCACGAAGGGCAGCUAUCAGAAGUCUUUCUUGGACCCUCAGGAGGAUCAGCUCAGGGGAGGCAUGGCCGCGACUGAUACCCAGUUUGGCAAGGAGGACGAGUCCCGGUAUGGCCGCCUCUGCUAUGUCACCAAUGACGGCAGGAUCGAGGAGAAGGUCUACCCGACCGUGGAGCCAGAGACGUAUACCAAGCUCUUCGAGGGCUUUGCCAAGGCUCUUGAGACUGGCAAUACGGAAGACAUCCCCGUUCCCGCUUCUCAGGCUGCGAAGGUGCUCAGGAUCAUUGAGGCUCUCCGCGAAAGUGCGAAGACGGGCCGGGAUGCCGCUCCCUGA